GCCAACUGUUGAGCUCCACUGCCUCUUCACUUCUCGCUUGGGAACUCCAGUCUCACCUCGGCUUGCUAUGGACCCCAACUGUUCCUGUGCCGCUGGUGGCUCCUGCACGUGCGCCAGCUCCUGCAAGUGCAAAGAGUGCAAAUGCACCUCCUGCAAGAAGAGCUGCUGCUCCUGCUGCCCCAUGGGCUGUGCCAAGUGUGUCCAGGGCUGCGGCAUCUGCAAAGGGGCAUCGGAGAAGUGCAGCUGCUGCGCCUGAUUUUGGGACAGCCCUGCUCCCAGAUAUAAAUAGAGUGACACAAAAAAUCCAGGAUUUCUUUUUCUACACCCCGACCCAUUGCUACAUUCCUGUUUCUCUGAAAUAUGUGAAUAAUUAAACACUUAGA